AUGAUGAUGGUGGUGGUGGUGGUGUUCAAUGUGAGUUUGAAAAUGGGAACCUGUUGUGUGUUCAGUUUGACUGGACCCCAAUGGACCAAUCAGCGUGAGGCUCCGAGUCCCCCGGCCAAUCAGCGUGAGGCUCCGAGUCCCCCGGCCAAUCAGCGUGAGGCUCCGAGUCCCCCGGCCAAUCAGCGCCGGGGUGGGGGGGGAAAGGAACGUGGAGAGGAGUGGGUGACGUCACAGAGGGAAAACCCGCGGGGCCGGGGGGGCUGUGCCCCGGGGCUGUGCGCGGGGCCGGGCCCGGGGGAGCUGGAGCUGGAGGCGGGGCCGGGGCCGGGGCCGGGCUGCCGAGGGCUGCCCCGGGCUUUCCUGCACAGCCUCCGGACCCUGUUCGACAUCCUGGAUGACCAGCGGCGGGGUUUGGUGCACCUGCGGGAGAUCGAGUCUCGCUGGCGGGGAGGGGAGGCUGACGAGGCCGAGGCGGCCCGAGUCCUGCAGUGUCUGCGGGACGUGGCCCCGCCCUCGGGGUACCUCACCUUCCACAGCUUCGUGAUCGGACUCCGCUCGUCCCUCUUCGCCUCCGAGAGCGGCCGCCACCCGGGCGGGGGGGGCGGGGGGAGCGGGGGCGGGGCUGCUGCUGCCAACGGGUCCAGAAGAACCGGGAGCAUAGUCUUCAGGAGUAACGUGAGGCCGGUCGGCCCAGGUGUGUACGGAGGCUGCCACCAGCCCCGCUCCGCCACCGGGCAGCCCAAAGCCCUCGCAGUAAAGCACACCAACCACAAGGGAGCUCCGGAGAGGCGCAAAUCCCCCUUGCGGGUGAGAUCCAUGAACACUCCAGACCUGGUCCAGGAGCGGGUCAGCGAGGCGGACCCUGACUGCUGCGCAGUGCGAGGAGACGGACAUCACAACACGGACUGCCAGGACCAGAUGGAAGUGCAGAUGAAUGUGCAAACAGGUGUGGAGGGAAAGUGUAUGAGCCGCUAUCAGAGUGAGAGCAACGCCACGGGAAUGCCCUACUCACGGAGAGGCAACCGCGAUCGGACUCAACCCCGGAGACACACCAUAACCAGCGGGGUUGACUACGACUUGCUGAAGAGGAUGAAGGAGCUAGAACAGGAGAAAGAUGCUUUACUACAGGGACUGGAGGUGGUGGAUUGUGCCCGGGAAUGGUACCUCCGGCAAAUCCAGGCUGUUCAAGAGCGACAGAAACAAGUUGGGAAAAUCACAGACGCUCGUGAAUUCUGCUCGGAAAAUAACAAGAAGCGAAUGAGUCAACUUCUAUCCAAACUGCAGGAAGUGAAGCUUUGCCUUCGUGACCUAAUCUCCUCGUCUGGGAAGCCCUGGACGGCUUCGUGCUGUGAUGUGAAUGGAUUGCCGGCCGGGCCUGGGAACAAGCAGCACGUUACCAUGCUGAAGGAGCAGAACCGCUUGCUGACCAAGGAAGUGACCGCGCAGAGUGAGCGCAUCACCCAGCUGGAGCAGGAGAAAUCGGCGCUCAUCAAACAGCUGUUCGAGGCACGAGCUCGCAGCCGAGUUGACAGCAGCCACCUGGACUCCACCUUCAUCUAGGUCUCUGCACCCACAGCACUCCACAGCACACACACACACAGCACUCCAUCACCGCGC